GUAUAAAAGCUAACCAGGAUUAACAUCGGUGGGCUCGAUGUGACGUCCUCACGUCUCCGUAGUUAUCGUUUUAUUUUAUUUUAUUUUAGUUGGUUUCUAAUGAAAAUCUUCCUCAGGUUAGACUCUCUCUACCGCUGCUAUUAUCUAUUAUGUGAACUUUAAUUUGUAAAUAUCAUUUUGUAAAUAUCUUAAUUUUUUUAUUUUGUAAAAUUUUAUCAUGCUGGUACCGUCUGCGCUCGCUGUCGUGCGAGACUACUGGUGUGUUUCGAUCGGGCCGUGGGUUGAAAACAGGCUAUCAAGUUACACUUAAUUAAGCUAAUGUGUCUGAUGCGUUGAAAUAAUGACCAUUAUGUUUAAUUAAGCCUUUUAACUUGGCGGUUUCUGUCACAACAUACACAAUCGCAGGCAAAUUAGCUAGUGUUUCUAGACAGUUCGUCCCGACUCCCGAGUGCGCGCCUCCGCUGCCGUUGUCCGCAGACUCCUUGCCGGCGCACGAGGAGCUCUCCCAAUCCUCUUCCCAAGGGCCAUGGCCCUAACCUUGUCUCUCUUUCAUCACUCUCUCCAGCGAGCGCCAUCCGUGCUGGCAUCUUUUUCACCCAGCUAGAUGACGCUCCUCCCCACUCCACAAGCACCUUCCAUUCCCCAGCAGUUGCUGGUUGAUAUUCUUCUGCCAGCUGCAAGGUCCGUCGGCCUCCACACCUGGCGGGCGAAGGAGCUGUGGUGUUUGCGCCAGUUCAGAUCAAGGCUCGCGCGUCGAAGAAGGCGAGCCGCACGGCCCGCACCAGCCUGCGUGCAAAUUGGGCCCCUUGGGGCCUCACUACUGAGCACGACAGGUAGUGCCCCUACAGCCAGUACGACGCCCAACAACUGCUCGAGGAAAUGCCCCAAAGGCUCUAAGGUUAAGAAUGGAUACCACCACCGGACUGAGAUUAACAAGAAGGUUUACAAGAUAGGCAAGGCUGGACAGGAAAGCCACGAUGCCUCUACAGAGUUUGACAGGACUGAGAAGGACAUCACUCCCAUGGGCGGGUUCCCCCACUACAGUAUCGUCAGGGGCGACUACCUGAUGAUCAAGGGGAGCUGCGUUGGCCCCAAGAAGAGGGUGGUGACACUCCGCCAGUCCCUGCUGAAGCAAACCUCACGGGUGGCUCUGGAGCAGAUCAACCUCAAGUUCGUCGAUACCUCGUCCAAGUUCAGGCACGGGCGCUUCCAGACCACCGACGAGAAGCAGAAGUUCUACGGCAAGCUCAAGACCUGGUCUCCCGUUUGUGCUGUUGAAGCAAAACAUUCUACCAGAUGUGUUCAGUUUGUUUUCCUCAGUUUUGUUUGAGAUAUUCAGAGAACCAGAGCUGCUUUCUUGCAGAUGAUUAGAAUUAUUAAAAUAUUUGAACUUUGUAGCAUUUUUUAUUCUGCUAUUGGAUGGUGUAUUUGUGCUCCCUGUCAA